AGAUUGGGCGUGUCGUCGUUUACGUGCGACGUUCAUGUUUCUGGCAGACAGCGUAGUGGAAAGCUGUCAAAAGAUGUCUAUCCUUUGAUAUGAUAUAACUCCAAACAAGCAUCGCCUUUCUGAACACCACAUAGAUAUUACCUGAAUGUUUUCAGCAUCAUCUGUAACACACUCAAGAGGAUCCAUGUCUUUUCUUCGUUGGGUAUCUGAGAAAUUGAGUGUGGAGAGCCUGCGGGAUUUGGAGUUAUUUGGAGAGCAAGCUCAGGGACUCUCUCACAGGAAAGUCCAUGAGGACAGUCAGGAGAGUCUGACCUCCCUCCCUCGCAAGGACACGAUGGGCAGCUUCCUCCCUGACAGCGGCUCAUAUGAGCUCCUCAAUGUUAUUGGUCGAGGCUUGGAUGACUUGAUGACUGUGAACCUGGCUCGAUACAGACCCACAGGGGAGCAUGUAGCUAUCCGACGAAUUGACUUGGAGUCGUGCGCUAAUGACAUGGUUACCUACCUGCAGUGUGAACUCCAUGUGUCAAAGUUGUUCCACCACCCCAGUAUUCUGCCCUACAAGAGUGUCUUUAUAGCUGAAAACGAACUAUGGGUUAUCACCCCCUUCAUGGCGUUGGGGUCAGCCAGAGAUCUGAUCUGCACACAUUUUUCUGAUGGCAUGAGUGAGCUGACUAUCUCAUACAUUAUACUGGGUAUGCUAAAAGCUCUCGAGUACAUCCACCACAUGGGAUAUGUGCACCGGAGUGUGAAGGCCAGCCACGUGUUGAUCUCAGCAGACGGACAGGUUUGCAUGUCAGGUCUACGGAGCAUCUUCAGUCUGAUCCGUCAUGGUCAGAGGGCCAGAUUUGUUCACGACUUUCCUCAGUACAGUGUGAAGGUGCUGCCCUGGCUCAGCCCCGAAGUGCUGCAACAGAACCUGCAGGGCUACGACUCUAGAUCAGACAUCUACAGCCUGGGCAUCACAGCCUGUGAACUGGCAAAUGGACAUGUUCCCUUCAAAGACAUGCCAGCUACACAGAUGCUGCUAGAGAAGUUAAAUGGAACAGUGCCAUGUUUGCUGGACACCACCACUAUUCCACCGGAGGAGCUGUCCAUGAAACCAUCCCGCUCUGGAGCUGAUUCCGGGAUCUGUGAGGGUCCAGGAGCUGGAGGGGCCAGACACUCAAACGGAGACUCAUCAGCAGGACACCCAUACAAUCGGACGUUCUCCCCACACUUUCAUGGCUUUGUUGAGCUGUGUCUCCAACGAGACCCAGAGAGGAGACCAUCUGCCGCCACUCUUAUAGGCCACCCCUUCUUCAAACAGAUUAAACGUCGGCCCUCCGAGGCACUGCCUGAGCUCCUGCGGCCUGUGUCGCCCAUCACCAGCUUUGCGAGCUCCCAGCCACAGGACUCUCCCUCUGGACUGGCCAGUUUGGAGUCAGGUCUCAGCCAUCUGGAGGUGGACGACUGGGACUUCUGACAGUGAAGGACUCAGUAAGGAGACACUUGUGGGACUCUAAUCAUGGGAGAAAUUACGAAAAUCCAGGAGAUAUUUUUUUUUUGUAAUGGCCCCCUUGUAAAUAAUUCAAAUCUUAAACUCAAAAGGAGUUGCUGUUCUCAGAGGUUAAAAGCCAGCAGCCAUCUUGCCUCUUUUUGAUGUCUCUUGCACGCUUUUGUUCUCUAGAUAUGCACAGACCCUUGCACUGCACUGAUGGCCUCUUUUUCUCUUUGUAACACAACUGUUUACAGAUUGUUCUCCCUCAUGUUAAACCCCCCACCAUAGUCAAAACACAACAGGACUCCUCAUUUUCUCGUAUUGUUGCUGAGAUAUCACAGAAGGGUUUAUGGAUGUACAUGUAACCUAAACCCAAAGAUUCUAGAACAGAUGAGUGGGACACUACGACUAAAUAUUCUGAGGAGACUCUCUACCUCUUGUUAGCACAUGGCUGCUAUGGGUGGCUUAAUUUGUUCAGUGAGACCACCAUAAGGGUACGCACCAGUCCUCACAGCUGACUCUGUCCGCAACACCAGAUGGAAGGUCUCGACUUUUUCCCAUGUAAAUGCAUUUCUUUGCUCAGCUUGUGUGACAGUACAAACUACAUCUUAUGCUUUACACAUCACUUUUGCUACACGGAAGUUCAGUGUAACAGCUGUUGGGUUUAACCUUCAGAGCACAAAAGUGUGUAUUUCCUUGAACUUACGCUGGGUGUGAUGUUACUUAUGUCAAAAAUAUGAAUGUUACAUUGGUGCUCGUUUUGUCUGCAUGUAUUUAACGGUGAGAACAAAACAAAGUAUUUCAAAUGUUAAACUUUUCAACAAUAAACACUGUUCACUA